UCUCGUUUUCCCCCUCCCAAAGGAACAGGGAAUUGAGAAACAAUAGGCAACGAAAGAAAGAAAGAAAGCUCGAGAGGAGAGAUCAAAAUCCCAAGAUCCAAAAGAUCACCACCCACCUGCCCCCACAAUGAGUGAUCCCGAUAACGGUAACCUUUUAAUUCAUCAAGAACCACCACCCUCUUUGCUACAUAUCCCUGAUAUUGAUCAUGAUUUGCAUGACUCGUUGGAGGCUAACCACUUCGCCUUGCUCCGCCUCAACAGCAACAACAGUUUCAGCUCCAACCCCGACGACCACCUCCACCACCACCACAAUGCUUGCUCCACUUGCGGCUGCACUCGUUCCUUCUCCAAAAAGUCCGUCAAACGCCGCCCUCCCUCCCUUUCUCCUUCUUUCCAAGACUCCCUCACCACCACCAUCCCCUCCGACGACUCCGAACCCACCAAUCCCAAGAAGCUCAUCCUCGACCAAGACUACCUCACCCUCCUCGGCUUCUCCAAGCUCUCCCUACCCCCCUCCGCUCCUGCCCUAACCCAACCUCCUUCUCUGCCCCUGUUCCACCCUGUUAUCUGUCGCUCCGCUUCUGACCCUUUCAACUCCCCCUCCAAGAAUGCUGUCGUCCAGCCUCGGAUGGAUUCCCUUGCUGCUGAGUCAGGUUUCCCCGUCGUCAACUCGAACCCUCAUUCGCCGGAGAAUGCCAGGAAUGGUGUCAUCCAGGUCACACCGCCGUCGAAUUCCGGGUUGCCUCCUCUUCCUCCGACUCUGCGUAGGUCGAUUUCGGACCCGACUCCGUCGCCGGCGAAGACCCACUCAUGGUCCUCGAGCUCUGGGGAUGCAACCGUGGGUUUGAGCAAAAAGAAGACCCCCAACUCCAAGAAGAGGCUGAGAAGGAUGAAGGAUCGCAUGAAUGAGAUGAGCAAGUGGUGUGAGCAGGUAAUCCGUGAACAACAAGAAGAAGAAGAUGGAGGCGCUGAAUAUAAUAAUGCCUCAGCAAAGGAUGAUCCUUUGCCAGAUUUUGAAGAAUCUGUGUUCGUGGAGAGGGUGGGGGAGGGCCUAACCGUUCGUUUCAAGUGUCCCUGUGGCAAAGGCUAUCAGAUUCUUCUCUCUGGAAGAGACUGUUACUACAAGCUCAUGUAGAUUGAGCAGGCAUUAGGCCUGGCCCAAAAGGAGGAUACUUACUACUGUGAAAACAUAGUUACUAAUCAUGCAUGGGUAUGAUUUUCUUUUUUGAAAUAUUUUAGAUUCUUUGCUUGAUGUCUGUUCAAUCUACAUCAAUCACAGUGCCUGACAAUCUCAGGUUCGUCAAUUCUUUUUUGGAUUCUUCUAGUCUCACAUUUUCAGAUAAGUACUCAUUA